AUGAGGUUAGGCGGUCUGAGCUUGCUGGCAUUUUGUGUAAAGGGCUGGGAUGCAGAUGGUCAUGCUGCGAUAGGUAUGACAUGUAUGUCUGGGAUCAAGUCUGGAGCGUUGAGUCAGCUGAAGCGUUUGUUGGGUGGGAAGGAUGUGGUGGAUAUCUCAUUAUGGUCUCAUCAAUUGGUGGCGAAGUACCCAGAGAUGACUGGGAUUUAUUAUCAGACACAAGACCGUGAGGUAGAUGAGGGAUUGGUCAAUUGUGACUAUUUCAAAGGCCUUGAUAACUGUCAGGAUGGUGUGUGCAUCAUGGGUGCUCUAAAUUAUUAUUUCAACAAGUUAGUUGGUACUGAAUCACAUACUCAGUUUGUUUCCCCUUUGAAACUGAAACUGAGUGAUACUGAUCUCAUCAAACUAAUUGCAAGCCUUGUUGCUGAACUACAUUCCGUCUCCAGAUUUGGAUAUACCUACAAUAGGAAUGGUAAGGACCUGAAUAUUAGCUACCUUGACAACCAUUCCAAAGUUGAUACCACACAAUUUAAAUAUUGGGAUCGAGAUCUGGUUCAAAAAACCAUCAAGGAUAGACCCCACUUCUGGUUCUCUGGGUGGACACAUAUGAAUAAUCUAGCAAGACCUAUUAUUCAACAAGAGGAAACACUCUGGAAAUCAUCCGAAAAUAAAACCGAAAUUUUCGAACAAUGGGCUGCAUCCACCUUCAGAGAUAGCUGUCAGCGAGUGUUCCGGGACAGGACCAAGGCCUCACAAUACUCUAGAUUACAAAUACAACUCAAGAACAAACACGACCCCGAUCUUUUGGCCAACAUGCCCAUACUCAAAACCGAUUUGGGCCAUGAAGAUACGCCACAGGGAGCACUCGGACCUGGCCUUAACGAGAGAGAUAUCAACUACCAAGAAGCCGCACUACUUCCUACCAAUCAUCUCUACAUAGACUUCGACCUUCUCAAACAUAAAAUCCUGCUUGGAGGUCUUCGAUUAUCCUUUGUAAUCAACCAUAUCCUGACUCAUAAAGAUGCCAAAAAACUCAGAAUGGGUUCUGCUGUUCAACUCAAAAACCACAACCCCCCAGUGUCAGGGUCGGGCAUGUGGGGUAAUCAUCGCCAGGAGGAAGCCAUUGCCACAGGCUGGUCAUCCAAUUUGAUUACUAACCUGGCCAUUGUGGGGGUUAUCGUCGCAGGAUUCAUCGCCUUCCUGAACUUCACGGGGGACAAGGUUGCGCGACCAGGAGAACAUGCCGGCCCCAAGGUCAAAGACUAG